GUGGGACCCAUGGGAAGGAAAGGAGAGACAGGAUUCACGGGUGACUUAGGCCAUAGGGGAACUGAAGGGAAGAAAGGGGACAUGGGCCACAUGGGCCACAUGGGUUCUCUUGGUCCCAGGGGAUUUACUGGACAGGACGGGUUGCCGGGCCAACCAGGCCAACCAGGAUAUCCAGGGAAACCUGGCAAGCCUCCCUCAGAUGAACAUCUUCUGAAGCUCUGCACUGAUGUUCUGCGUAAUCAUCUUCCAUCACUGCUCCAGAGCCUGGUCCCCCAAGCCAAGUGUGAACCCUGCCAGAGUGUUAAGGGGACCCCGGGCGAGCCUGGAGCACAAGGACCCAAAGGCUCAAUGGGAACUCAAGGCUACCCUGGCAGAGGUGGAAAUCCCGGGUACCCAGGGCCUCCUGGAAUGCACGGUCCUUUAGGCCUUAAAGGUGACCUGGGACCAAGAGGGCUUAAAGGCGGCAAAGGUGAAGGUUACAUUGGACCUCCAGGACCACCUGGACAGCAAGGAAUUCAGGGUCCACGUGGCUUUGAUGGAAUCGGCCAUCCAGGAAAUGAGGGAAUUCCUGGAAAACCAGGGCCUCCAGGAGUUCUUGGUAAACGGGGCAAUCCAGGACUUCCAGGGGUUUGUGAUGUUUCCAUGUGUUAUCAAAACUACAACCUCAGGGAACAUUACAGCAAAGGACCCAACAUCUGAUGACUAAGAAGCAGGGGAGAGGAUGCUAUUGAACACAGGGUGUUUCGAGAAUUUACUGUAUCACUGUUUUACAGAGAUGUGUAUGACUGUUGACUACUUUAUGACAAAGUGUGCGUGUGGAGAUCAGCUGCACUGGAGGCAGAAAUAACCUCAUUAGUUGAGUUAAAGUGAAAUAGGCAGGGCAUCAAUUCUUGAUUAUGAAAUUCAUGAUCAAAGACAGUCAGCACGCUAGCAACCGACAGUUUCUUACUGUGAUACCAGACUUACAUGGCUAAUUUAUUCUUGCCAAGUUUGAAAAGCAGCUUACGAAAGUGGGGUUUCAUUCUAAGUAAGUCAGGUAAGCACCAAGAUUUUUAUAACUAAGUUGUGUUGUUUUUGUGUCAAUAGCAGGACAACUAGGAUUUGAAAUAACUUUAUGAAUAGCUACCUCCUCUUUUACUCUAUGUUUAAGUCAAUGUUACUGAAGGUUUUGUUAAUACUUUGGAUUAAUCCCUCUUCCCAUUUCAUUUCAGUGCAAACAACACACAGACACAUUUCCUAAACAAAAUAUAUAAAUGAUAAAAUAAUGAUGAAAGUGUAUUUUAAAAAGGAUGAAAGGACCUUUUGCCCUCCUGUGUGAGCUAAUGGGGCAAAUCAUAUGAUGCAUUCUACUCAGAACCCAUGCAGUAGAAUUUCAGUAUGUGAAGUGUUCCUUAAUUAAUUAAUAAUUAUCAAUUUAUUCCAGAAUAUGAGUCAUAUUAAAACUGCAUAUAACUGUAUACUAUGACAGAAGUAGAUAACACUCAUGCUGUGCUUGAAGGCUGUGGAUCCAAUUGGCUUCAUCAAAAGAGGUCCAUAUCAACCAGUGAGAUAUUAUUCCCUCCUUCAGUGCAGAUCUGACCAAGAGAAAUUAUUAUCUUCAAAUUAUGUAAAAAGUACAGUACACUCCCUAAAAAUCCAUUUGGAAAAGUCACAAUGAAAGAACAGGACACACAAUUUUCACAUGAUUACCUUGCAAAAAGUAAUCAUGCAACCUUAAAGUUAAUAAAUAUAUGAGAAAUGACAGCAUUCUGGUUGAAAAAGCAUAUUCUAUGAUCUAUUAUUUAUGGAGCACCAGGAGUUAUGUAAUCCAUCACUGUGAGACAUUGUAAGAAACAUGUUACUGUAUAUCUUGUCCAAUCAUAUUUGUUUUGUUAUUAAGCCAAUAUUAUAGACUUGUAUUUGCAUUGCUCCCGUGUGUGUUUUACAUUGAAUGAUCAAACAGUGAUCUUAAAAGCAAUUUAUUCUAGGCUUACAGUUUUUUUUAUUUUUGUUUUUAUCUUCAAUUAUUUUUGUUUUUAUCUUCAACUUGGUCAGUACUUUAUGCUAACAUCCCAGAAUGCAAUGCAUCGCAUUUUUUUUGUUGCAAUAAUUAUGGUUGUACAACUAUUAACAUGUAAUGAUGAGGAUAAACUAUGAUGAUUUGUAAAUGUCGUAAAUGUCAAUUCGCUGCUUUAUAUUGACUAAACCAUUGGGUAUUUGGGGAGAAGUGACUGAGUGAACAAACAUUUCUGACACAGCGCAUAUGUCACCAAAUAGCACCCCAUAAUUAAGACUCAUCUGUGGCCUGUACUUGUUGCUGUAGCUCUGUGCAGUGUCCUGAAAUAUGAUUGGCUGCCUGGAAGGUUGUAUAGAUCCAAUCUUGCUUGAAAAAAAAAAAGAUUUCCUAGUUGUAUUUUGUUCAUUCAACUGCUUUUCCUACUUGUUUUUCUGUAUGAUAGGACCAACUAUGACUAUUAUCUGCAUAUGUUUACUUUAGUAAAAUUAUACAGUUGGCCCACAAUGUGACCAAACUGAUUUAUUUUUUGAAAUUGUUAUCAAUGCUUAAAGACUCAACUCAUUCAGAGUAUUUUACAUUUCUCUGUUUUCAACGAGUCAAAUGAAAACUACAGCCACAAUGAUAUGGUCCUCUUAAGCAAAUUUACAAAAGGGAUUCAUUGAAGCUGUGUGUUGGCAGAAAUGCCACAUAAGUAAG